AGAGGUAAUGCGCUUUUCAAUAUCAUUAUAGGCCAACCAAUCAUUGUUUUCCGACCCGAUGUUGCAUUGUCACAUGAAAACGAUGAAACUUACAAGGGUAGUUUGCAGAACUUUGAUGAACUGAAAAUUUGGGUGCAAGAAAAAUGUGUACCCUUAGUGCGUGAGAUUACAUUUGAAAACGCCGAGGAAUUGACGGAAGAAGGUUUACCAUUUUUGAUACUUUUCCACAAACCAGACGAUACCGAUGCGAUCAAGGACUUUAAGGCUAUCAUUGAAACUCAGUUGUUGGAUGAGAAACAGAAUAUCAACUUCCUAACUGCGGACGGUCAACGCUUUGCACAUCCGUUACAUCAUUUGGGUAAAUCAGACGACGACUUGCCAUUGAUUGCUAUCGAUUCAUUCCGUCACAUGUAUUUGUUCCCCAAAUUCGAAGAUAUGUAUCAGCCUGGCAAGCUGAAACAAUUUUUACAAGAUUUGUACAGUGGAAAAUUGCACAGAGAGUUCCACUAUGGUCCCGAUACAUCCGGUAAUGAGGUGCAAACCGAAUUAGUAUCAGGCAAAGGCACAUCACCGCCGGAAUCGAGCUUUAAGAAAUUAGGACCUUCGAAGAAUCGUUACACGCUACUGCAUAAGGAUGAGCUGUAAGGUCGAUUAUUAGGCUUUAGGUUAAAUACAUACACAAGUAUACACCCAGAUACAUCUACACAUAAAUAUGUGCUGGUUGCACUUAAACUUGCACAGACAGACACCUGCUAAAUAACACCAAUCAAAACAAACAAUCAAUCAAUCUCAUAUGCUAAAAUACAACAAAAUUUAGAAAUAUGCAAGUUUUUUAAUACAUACAUAGUUAUGCUGCGUUUUUUUUUUGCUUUAUACGUGCAUAUGUUUGUCUGUACACUCGUCGAUUGUCCAGAAUAUUGUUUUUCUUUUCUUUUCAAAAUGGGUGCAUAUUUUGUUUAUUCUUUUUAUUCUUUGCUAAAAACUACACGAAAUGUUAUUGUGAUUAUAGGUUUUUUUUUGUUUUACGAUAUAAAGAAAGUUUAUUUAAACUAUUGAAAAAAUAGCACAUAAUAUUUUUUGAUGUAUGUAUGAUUUGCUAAAUACAGUAAUAAUUUUCCUUAUAGUAUGUACAUAUAUGGUAGCGUUAAGCUGGCUUUCAGUUGUACAUUUUUCAUUAAAAUCCCUUUCAGUGUAAAUCACACAGUUGUAAAAAUAACUAUAUUUACUUUGGAUAAGUUUUUUUAAAGUUAGAAAAUGGAAUGUAUUUUUAUUUAAUUAAUUGCGCCGAGCACUAUGUUCCACAUAAAGUAGAGUGCGCUGAUUUUUUUCCUAAUAUUACUGAUGAAAUAAAAAUAUACUAAGGUAA